AUGGAAAAGGGAAAAUUCAAUGGUACAAAGAUGAUUCACGAUAUAAAAGAGAGUUUUUUGAAAAUGAAUUAAAUGGAAAAGGUAUAUACUAUUUUGGAGAUAAUGAAAUUUACGAAUGAUAAUUCAAGGAUGGAAAAAUGCAUGGGUAUGGGAAGUUUGAAUGGCCAAAUGGAAAAGUUUAUAAAGGAAAUUAUUAUUUAGGAAGAAAAUAAGGAUUUAGAAAGUUUACUGCACCCAAUAGAAUUUAUACAGGAGAAUGGUAUAAUGGAGUGUAUCAUGGAUAUGGAAAAUUAGAAAAUAAAAAUAAAGUGA